ACUCGAUAAACUUACACCGCUUACACCUGCUAACACCAACCCUGUUUUGCAUGGCAGCCGGAGGUGUCAGCAAAUCAACAAAAUAAAUAAAUAGGAACAAAUUUAAACAAUAACACCAGCUUACGCCCAAACAAAUUCCACAAUCAGUGUAAUAUAUCCCAAAACAGUUACGUAUUUAACUAGAGUGCAAUAAGUAGACAUAUCUGCGCAUUCGGUUGAAUGAAUUGAAGGAAAUGAGCUUCCAACUUCAUUAAUGAAAAGCUAUUGAUUAUUUGCAUAAAACAAUCAAAAUGCAAGCCACAGAAGAACAUUUACUUUCUCUUAAAGUGAUGAGAUUAACUCGUCCUACACUCUCUAGCCCCUUACCAAUAACAUGUGAUAGCAAAGAUUUACCUUGCAAUUUGUUAAAUGAAGCACUGCAUAAAGAUGCAACAGCUGUGCAAGGUGCUGAGACACUUUCCAUUGGUCAGUUUCUUCUACUGCCACAAAGUCCAGUCAACAUUUAUUUGGGAGAGACUUUCUCCAGUUUAAUAAGUGUAUAUUCAGAGACACAGCAGCCAGUCAAUAAUGUUACAAUAAAGAUUGACCUGCAAACAAGCUCCCAAAGACUGCCCCUGUCAUCUAAUCCAGUUGCAAAGAACUUAAAAAGUGAUGAAAAUGUUAAUAUUGUUAUUCAUCAUGAAGUCAAAGAAAUUGGUACUCACAUACUGGUAUGUGAAGUUAUGUAUAAUAAUGCAAUGGGAGUGCCUACAUCAUUUAGGAAAUUUUUUAAGAUUCAAGUAUUAAAACCACUUGAUGUCAAGACAAAGUUCUACAAUGCUGAGAAUGAUGAUGUGUACCUAGAGGCACAGGUUAAUAAUAUCACAGCUGGACCAAUAUGUUUAGAGAAAAUAGCAUUAGAUGCAUCCAAUUUAUUUAAAGUUAUAUCAUUAAAUAAUGUACCAAACGGUGAUAGUGUCUUUGGUAAAACUAUCGUUCUUCAGCCGAACACAGUAUGCCAAUUUUUAUACUGUUUAACGCCGGAUGCAAAACUAUCUUCAGAUUUAAAAAUGUUGAGCGGCGCGACUAAUAUUGGAAAACUAGAUAUUGUAUGGCGAUCAAAUCUCGGCGAACGUGGAAGACUACAAACUAGUCAAUUACAAAGAAUGGGACCUGAUUAUGGAGAUGUGCGAUUAUCCGUGUCAGAACUUCCAAACUUUGUAGUGCUGGAGAAAGUUUUUAAGUUUAAAUGUCGUAUUAUUAAUAACUGUGAUCGCACGCUUGAUUUAAUCGUAACUUUCGAUGACACUGAAGGGAUCGCCUGGUCCGGGAUAUCGAGCAAAAACUUGAAGAGCAUUCCAACUCGAUCGUCUUGCGAAAUCGACAUUGAAGCGAUUCCGAUGCUACCUGGCCUACGAUCGAUUGCAGGAAUCAAGCUAGUCGACACGCUGUUGAAACGUACAUAUAGUUAUGAUGACUUAGGUCAAGUAUUCGUAAUUGUUGAUUAAUGUACGAUGAUUUAUCUCUGAAAAAAAUUAUAAUAAAAGUUAUAUAAAUUAUAAA